AUGGCUCCUACAAAGCUGGAACAAGAGGACCAUGCUCGCGAUGCUGCUUUCAACAAAGCACUUCAUGGUGAAUCGGCUAAGGCUCGAGGCGGUUUUGCCGCAAUGAUGAGCAAGGACAAUAAAGCGCAGGAAGCCGCCUUGGACGAGUAUUUCAAACACUGGGAUAAAAAACCGUCCGAGAACGAAACAGAAGAAAUCAGAGAAGCGAGAAGAGCUGAAUAUGCUACUUUAACAAGACAUUAUUAUAAUUUGGCCACAGAUAUGUAUGAAUAUGGAUGGGGUACCUCCUUUCACUUCUGUCGUUUCGCAUACGGAGAGCCUUUUCGCCAGGCCAUUGCCCGACACGAGCAUUAUCUCGCCCAUUCUAUUGACAUGAAGGAAGGCCAGUUUGUACUUGACGUUGGUUGUGGUGUCGGUGGCCCUGCGCGAGAGAUUGCCAAAUUUGCCGGCGUCAAAAUUGUCGGGUUGAAUAACAACGAUUAUCAAAUCGAGCGUGCGACACGAUAUGCUCAGAAAGAAGGGUUGUCGAAUCAGCUUCGCUUCACUAAGGGCGACUUCAUGCAAAUGUCUUUCGAACCCAAUACUUUCGAUGCUGCGUACGCAAUUGAAGCUACUGUCCACGCCCCCUCUCUUGAAGGCGUAUACCGUCAGAUUUACAACGCGCUAAAACCCGGUGGUGUUUUCGGCGUAUACGAAUGGGUUAUGACUGACGCUUACAACAAUGAUGACCCUCUCCACCGCGAAAUUAGACUUGGUAUCGAACAAGGCGAUGGGAUUUCCAACAUGGUCAAGGCAACAGAAGCCCUUAAAGCAUUCAAGGCUGCUGGAUUCGAAUUGAUUAAGGCAGAGGAUUUGGCCGACCGCGGAGAUGAUAUUCCGUGGUACUAUCCCCUUGCAGGCUCGUGGAAACACAUGACUUCAGUUUGGGAUGUCCUCACCAUCGCUCGCAUGACGUGGUGGGGUCGUGGGAUGGUUCAUAAAUUCAUGGGAGGCAUGGAGACAAUCGGUAUACUCCCAAAAGGAUCACAAAAGACAGCAGACAGCCUGGCGUAUGCUGCUGACUGCCUAGUCAAGGGUGGUGAGCUCAAGUUGUUUACUCCAAUGUACUUGAUGGUUGGAAGAAAGCCGGAAUGA